UAAAUUAUACACCGAAAUUGCCAGUAAGAGAUGGUCCCAAGUGUGCUUAGCUUUCCCUUCCUGAACGUGGUUUUUUUAGAUUCUAGCAGCUGGCCAUACCCCAUCUACGCUUCCGAACGGCUUCAUGAUCGAAAAUCAAUCUUCGUGGCACAUGCUUCAAGAUUACCUAGCGACAGUCUGUUUCCUUUGUUCCUGGAAGUCCUGACAGCUUCCCCGAAGCUUAAGAAAGCCACACACUGUAUGUACGCUUACCGUACUUCCGAGCCACAAUCUUCAACAUCCCAUUCAAAAUCGAAAUUGGUUACUGGACAACAUGAUGGAGGAGAGAGCGGCAGCGGGAACCACCUAGCUCGACUUCUCGACGUGACAGGUUGUGAAAACACUGUAGUCGUCUGUUCAAGAUGGUAUGGAGGUGUGCAGUUGGGGGGUGACAGGUGGAGGCGAAUUACCCAUGUAGCGAAAGAAGCGUUGGAUAAGGGAGGGUUUUGCGGGAUGAGACACGAGGCCGAUAGAGUCAGUGAACGCCCCAAGAAGAAAGGCCAGAAGAAGAAAUGAUACACUAGAGAUCGAGUGUAAUUCACUCCAGUGCCAGCGAUAUGCCUUGAAGCAGCGCUUCCCUCGUCAUCUCUUCGAGGAUCGAUCCAAACGGGUAUCUCAGACAAUCCUUUCGACCCAUUAUCUUUUUUUUCGAGUACCCCAUAUCUAUCCCGCUUGAAAACCAUGAAGGCACCAUCAUGGGGACGAACAACACUUUGUAAUGCGGAAGCAGAGCUCGAAGCACGUAGUUCUGCAUGUGAACU